CUCUUCGUCGCGCCGGCAAGUGAAGCUCUCGGCAAGCCCUGGUGUCCAGUCACUGCAAAUCGGUUGUUCGGUUGGCAGACGGAGCUGGUUGCAACCUCGGCGUGCCAUCUCGGUCUGUGGCUUUUGGUCUCUGUUCUUGAGUGCUGAGCGGGAAUAAGUUGAAGAAAAUAUUGACGAACACGAAUCACUUGAGAAAGAGAAGGAAACAAAAGGGGAAGGAAGCGAGUAAGAGAAGAAAAGAGGAAAAGAGGAAGAGUGAUAAAGAAGAGGAAGAAGACAAAAAUAGGGAUAAUGAGAAAGAGAAAAGUAAGACGUAGAUAGAUAAAGAGGAGAAGUUGUAUAACGAGAAGAGGGCAAAUCAAGAGAGAAGAAGAACACGGAGAAGCAGAAGAUAAAAGAGCCGGAGAAAGGAGCGAAGAAGGAGAAGAAGAAAGAAAAAAGAAAACAUAAAGAAAAAGAACCAGAAAACAGAAAAAAAAACAAAAAAUAAAACAAAAUAAAAGAGAUACGAGUUAAAAAAAAAAAGAGAAAACAAAACCAAGAGAUAGAAUUAAGAAAAAUAGACACCGAAAACAACAAUAAAAGGCGAAAAUCGAAAGAGCCUGUCGCAGAGACCGCCCCCGACCGCCAUCAUGGGCACCUCCCAGGCUGCCAAAUCGGGCAUCACAGCCACCGCGACGAAAAACGGCGUCGCGAAGCUCGGCCUCGAUCGGAAUAAGGAGGGAAUCGUCAACAUCGCUUUCUCGGACGACACGCUCAGCAUCAAGAGCGGUAACCCCGACGGAAACGUGGAAAUUGGGAAAAUCAGUCGGCGGAGUUCGGUGGUUGUGGAUGGGGUGGCGGCGGCUCAGAGGAACAGCGAGGACAUCCCGACGUACGGCACGCAGGUCCUGGGCAUGGCAGUGGCAGCGUUGGCAUACGUGGGCAUUGGCACCAUAAGCGGGUUCUCGGGAGGGAUGCUGCCUCUCCUCACUGAAUCGGAAAAUGACAUUCAGCUGGACAAAUAUCGCGUCGGUCUCUUCACGAGUGUGAUUAACCUCGGCGCCGCCGCUGGGUGCAUUGUGGGCGGCUUCCCUCACGUGAUGGUGGGGCACCGCUCGUACCUGCUGGUGGCGCUGCCGCUCUCAUUGGCGGCCUGGAUCAUCCUGGCGAUGUCCCACGAUAUCUGGGUGGUCCUCUCCGCCCGCGCCUUCCUGGGCUUCACCAUGGGCGUCAUCGUGUUCACGUCGAGCAAGUACGUGGCAGAGUGCGCCCACGACAGCGUCCGGGAGAAGCUGGUCAACGCCCUCGAGACCUCGCGCCAGUUCGGCUACUUCUUCGUGUACGCCGUGUGCUGCUCGGACCUCAGCUGGCGCGAGCUGGCUCUCGUCUGCGGCUGCGUCAGCACCAUCCUGCCCUUCAUCGGCUUCCUGUACGUGCCGAGCGCCCCCAAGUGGCUGGCCACGCACGGCCGCGUCGACCACGCCUACGACUCGCUGGUGUUCUUCCGCGGGCAGAACUACGACUCGCGGAAGGAGCUCAACGGCAUCCUGGACAAGCUGUCGAAGACCGAGGGGGCCGACAACGCCCUGUACCAGCUGCGGCAGCUCAAGGACCCGAUCAUCCUGCGCUUCGUCGUGCUCUUCGCCUUCAUUCACUUCGCCAGCCAGUUCAACGGCAACGUGGUCACGGGCGCCUACGCCAUCUACAUCUUCAAGGCCGCCGACGUGAGCAGCAUCAGUCCCUACGCGAGCAUGGUGGUCGUGGGUCUGGCUCGCGUCCUGUCCACGCUCUUCUACCUGGUGGAGGUGGAGCGCGUCGGCAGGAAGCCCCUGGUCAUCGUCCCCUUCUUCCUGGCGGGGACAAGCCUGUUCGUCCUCGGCGCCUUCUUCUACGCGCAGGCGACGGGCGGGGCCUUCGGCGAGCUGGAGUGGGUGCCCGUCACCGCCCUCUCGUUCUUCUCCUUCUUCUCCAACAUCGGCUUCCCCGUCCUCAACCUCACGCGCGGCGAGCUCCUGCCGCCCGUCGCCCGCUCCACCGGCGGCGCCAUCCUCUACGCCACCUACUACUUCGGCGGCUUCGCGGCCUCGCUCUCCUUCUCCUACAUCGUCUCCGCCAUCGGCAUGCACGGCACCUUCUGGAUCUACUGCUUCGUCAACAUCCUGGUCGUCGUGGUGGACUACCUGGACCUUCCCGAGACGCGCGGGAGGUCGCUGGAGGAGAUCAUGGAGGAGCAGCGGCACGAGGGGGCGUCUCCCUCGCACCACGACCACGCCUCCUGAUGGGCGGGGCAGCGAGGGCCGGGCCCGCUGGGAGGGUCCGAGCUCCUGCAAGGGUGGAGCUGGUGGGUUUGGUGGCGGAGCGACAGGAGGGGAGGAACAAGUUAUUAGCAUUAGCGUUAUCUGUUGGUAGUAGUGGUGUCGGUUAUUAUUAUUAUUAUUAUUAUUAUUAUUAUUAUUAUUAUUAUUAUUAUUAUUAUUAUUAUCAUGGCUAUUAAUGUCCUUUUUAUUAUCACUGUUAUUAUUAU